UUAAUUUUUUUUUUUAUUUUCCGUGAAUCGAGUACUUUUCUUACCGUAAUGUACGCAUGUUUUAAUAAUCGAGUAUGGUAGUACUGUUCAACAGAAACAGCUGCUCGACGUCAAUUUCGUGUUACGCAAUGUAAAUAUUAUUGUUGAAUGGCAACAGGAAGAAUUGUAAUUUUACCCAAGUGAGAAAUACGGUCGACUUUUCGUCAAUUUUGGAAUGGCAGAAAAUAAACCUGAAGGAGGUGAAGGAGGAGGAGAAGCGGGAGCAGCGCCAGCUGAGGGAGAAGGGAAAAAAGAAGAGUCAAAGAAAGUUGUUCAUACAUAUGCUCUUGUUAAGUUCUCUGACAUGCCUGAGGAAAUGAGAGGUGAAGCUGUGGAGGUUGCAGUUACUGCAUGCGAAAAAUAUUCUUCCAACAAUGAGAUGGCUGCUCGCAUGAUCAAGGAAAGUAUGGAUAAAAAUUAUGGACCCUCCUGGCAUGUUGUAGUGGGUGAAGGCUUUGGGUUUGAAAUUUCAUAUAUGGAAAAAAAUAUCCUGUACAUGUUCUUUGCUGGUAAUACUGCAAUAUGUGUGUGGAAGUGUAUUUAAUAUUUGUGUUCAAACAAAUCAGUAUUAUGAUUACAUUUUAAACACUUUCUUUCCUGUUGAAAAAGAAAAGGUGAGGAAAGUUAUCUCAAAUUGCUUGUAGAACCAAGGAAUCCUUUUUUAAUUUCUUCAGGUUCAAUAUUGCCACUUUAUCCACACUAUUUAUUCUUCAUAUUAUUGUGUGUAUUUGUGUGAAUGCAUAUUGUAUAUAUUGUCUUUUCUUGGUUUCAUCCUUGACAACUUUUUUUAUGUCUUUGGGGUGAAGGAAUGUGCUUCAGUGAAUCAUUUCCUUUACAACACUAGAAAAGAGAUGCACAUUGAAGUGUGGAUGGAUACAAAUAUCCAAGAUUUCAUGAAGCUAUGACUCAAAACUAAGUCACUUCUAGAUUCCUUCAUAUUAAAAAUUCAAUAAACCUAUUACAUUCAUCUGUACUAAAAAAUACACGUACAUGAAUGUUUUUUAUAUUUGUAAAAAAAAAUUUUAAAAAAUAAAAACGAAUAAUUGUGACCAUUGAUCUCUAGACCAGGAAUGAUUGCAUUCAUAUGCAAUAAAAUUGGAUUUGAAAUUAGAUUUGUAGUUGAAAUGCCUUUGACCUUUCUUGACUGUAGUUUCAUCUCUAUUUAUGUAAAUCAUUUUGAGGAAUGAAGAAAUAGGCAUGUAAAGUAUUGUACCAAAAUGGUAAUUUAUUUAAUCAACUGCCAUGCAUUUAUAAUUCCAGAUUUUUAUAUUUUUUUUUAAUGUUUGUGAUAUUUAAUAGUUGGUGAAAAAUACUUAUUGCUGAUAAGUUUAAAUGAAGAAAAGAGGAGGAGGGGGGAUGACGGAUGUCCUUUUAAAUCAAGUUCAGUAUUUUUAGUAGUCAAUAAAGAAAAAUAAAAUAGACAAUCAGUAUAUGAACUAACCAUGUAUGCAAGACUAAUUUCUGCCAACAGACAUUUUGCUUUAGCUAUAAUUAGCUAGCUGUAAAAAAGAAAUAUUUUUUGUUAGCAUCAUAUUUUAGUUGUCAUAAAAUUUAAUGGCUCCUCACUUCUGUACUAAUUUGCACUGCUGCACUCCUUUCCUACUGUAUUAAUAAACUUCAGAUGCGAGCGUUUGCUUUUUUUCAAAUUUCUUGCUAAGGAGGUUCAUAAGCCAGAUACUGAACUAUGCAAGAUAGUUAAAUGAACCAGUUUCCAAUUCAAAACAUUUCUUCAUCACAGUUCUUUUGAACUUAAGUAACGCUGUUCAAGCAUAAUUGUUGCUGCUAGCUGUUUCCCCACUGGGCAAAUGCAUCAAAAGUUGAUAAAAAUUAUUAUGUUAUUCUUCUUCUUGUAGAAGUGCACCUUUAUUGUGGGAGGGAGAAAGAUUUUAGGAAUGCCUGCUGAAGGAAUGAUCUUGCUUAUAAAAUUCACUUUCCUCUGGUCAUGUGUAUAUCAUAUGCCAUAGGUUCUGCCAGUGCCUUGUGUACAGCAUUAAAUGUCAUUUUAUUUAUUUGUGUUCUUUGAAAAAUGAUCCUCUCUUCUACCUUUCUGAAAAUUAUGAAAGAUUUGGACAUGGACAUUUUCUCAUUCUGAAUAUUUACCCGAUAAUUUUGUACUUGUGGCAUGUCUAUUUUUUUUUAUAUUAUGUAAAUGCAAGACAAAGAUUUUCCUUUUAUUGUGGUGUUUGCUUUCAGUGAAUGUUGCUCUCACAAAAUGACACUGCUUCCAGGAGUAGCAUCUAUAGUAUAUUAUUUGUUUCAGACUAUCCCAAAGCCUUUCACAAUAAAUGAUCCUCAGUUGUUGCCCAAGAUAAAGUUUAUGAAGGAACAGUUUUCAAUGCUGGAUUUUAUCUGUUUCGUACAGCGUAAGAAUUAGCCAAAUGCUAGUAUGUAAUUUCAAAAAUUAACAAUAAUCCAGAAUUUAUAGAGACAUUACCAUAUUUCUUUUGUAAUAUAACACAAAUUGAAUGUCAUUAUUUGAGGGGAAAAGAUCCAAUAUCUGUUAUGUCCGACCACAAUACUUUCUGUGAUAAACUUCCUCUACCUGCUAAAGAGACCAGACUCUAGUAAUAAAAGGGAAUAAUUUUGGUUUGGAAAAAUAAUAUAAUAUUCUAGAUGCUACUCAUUGAGAUACAGCACAAACAUGCUUUAGAAUUGUGAAGAAUUUUUUGUUACCAUGAGAGUAUUUAUUCCAGUUCAGCAAAGGCAGUUAGCAUAGUACCUCUCUCUCUGUAGGUAUACGUCUUUUGACCUUAAUUUAUCUUGAGUGGCUGUUAAUUGUAUUUUUUUUUCAUUAAAUUGAUAGGAAUAAAUGAGGGGUUUUCUGUUUUUAAGUGAAAUGUAUAAUUUGUUUUACGUGUCGAUUUGAUAGAGGUGUGAGUAGCUAAGUAGUGUCUCAGUGCAAUAUAAUUUCAAAAAGAAGAGUGUGAUAAAUAAUUAGAAACUGAGGAUAAAAAGUAUGUAUUAUCAAUAGGCAUUGAUGAAAGAACAAAGGAUUAUAAAAUUCACAUAAUCUAAUAAUAUAUUGUGAAGAAUAUAAUUGGCAUAUUACUUAAUUUUAUAAAAUUGUUAGUAUUGAAAUGAUCUUUAUGAAGAGAGGUACUUUCCAGUUCUUGUUUUUAUUCUUGAAUGUAAAAACUGAUUGCACACAUAUUUUUCCUACUCUUGCCUUUGCUGAUGCUUUAUUUAUGAGUUACCAUUAGUUUAGUGGGUCUGAUAUACUAUAUAUACUCGUGAUAUGCUGUGAAUACAUAUAUUGUCAAUUAUAUUUGCCAAACUGGGUGUAGGGCAUGGUGCAUUUGAUUUGUGAUGAUGCUUAGAAAAUAACGACUUGGCAAGUAUUCUUCUUUUUAAUUGCCAGACCAAAUGUAGAAAUCAUUUGCCACAUAGUAGUUACCGUGUGUACCGAUGUUUUGAAAUCGGCUUAAACUGUUGUUACACUGAAUUUCUGUUCAGAAAUCCUUGAAAUCCAUUAGAAAAGUAAAUUCUUUAGCCACUCUAUAUUACUACAGUAUAAGAUCUCUUAAAAUGCAAAGAGAGAAGUGGUAUGCAAUCUUCAGAAAUUCCAACAAUGUAAUCAACAAAUUAUUAUGCUCUUCUCAGAGAUGCGUUUCUUGAAAUGAUUUUGUGUUGUGGUCAGUACCUGCAUUUUCUUCUAAUCAUCAUCACUUGUAGUCAAAUUGAACGAUAGCAGUAUUUUCUUAAAGAAGAAAGAAAAAAAAAAAGGAGAAUUGGUAAGCUGGUCUUAGGAAUGGAAAGAAUACAUUUAAUGAGAUUUAGGAAAACUUUAAAUUCUUUGCUUGGUGGCUGAAAUUACCUUAAUGUCACCAAUCAUUUUCCAUGAACCAUUGAUCUCAGUUAAUGAGGGAAAAUUACGUAAAUUCUAUCAGAAGAUUAAUUAAGAGAGACAUAGUUAAAAUUUACGUCUAAAGCAAUUUGAUGGCAAAGGGAGUGUUAUAGCCAGGGCUGGUGCUACAUAGGAGGUUGCCUAUGGAGCAAACUGGGGGUGGGGGCACAUUUUUAUAAGAAAAUAUUGUUUCAUUUUCAUUAUUUUGGCUUAUUGGCACUGAUUAUGUUAUUAAUAAAAUAAUUAUUUUGUAAGUAGAAAGCUUUGUUAUGCAUAAUUUAUUGUUUCAAUAAUUAAUUAUCAAAUUCAUUUUAGAUUAUGAUUAUCAUCAUGUUGAUAUUCUGAACAAUAAUAAGUAUGUGUUCAUCGUUUCUUUAAAUUUAGUAUUUAUUAUUGAGCGGUGGAUUAUAUUAUAUGGAGGGGCGCAAACCUCUCAUUUUGCAUGGGAUGCAAAGUGACCUAGUGCCGGUCCUGGUUACAGCGAGUAUAAACAAAAUCUUAGAAAAAAAUCAGCCAGAAAAUUUGAAACAGUAAUGUUCUUAUGACCUGCUUACAGAUUCUCUAAACAAUUUGGGCUUUGGCUUGCCAAGUCCAAGAACUUGCAGAAGCAACUGCAGGAAAUGUCACCAAAGAUAUUAUUAGUUUUAGAUAACAGCACACAAACGUGCUACAAACUCGGCUACAGGCCGAGAACAGAUCUUGCCACUAAAUAUAUUGUAGUCAACAAUGCUGUCUGUGAAUGCUUUUCAAGCUCUGUGAAAAUGUCAAGCUUUGUUCUUCUCUAGCAUUUUUUCAUAAGUAAAAUGGUUGUGAUAUUUUUAAUAAAUUUUAUUUCCUAAGAG